GCCGCGUCGUUGCCGCGCAGCUGCCGCGCAUUUGCCGCGCCCAUCGCUCGGUUCGCAGCGGCCGUUCUGUAUCCAAGCCCCGCCCAGAGCCCCGCGACGACCGCCGCGGCGACUCUUGCCCCCCCAUGGCGAAGCGCGGCGGGACUCCUGGCCGCUCCUCGCUUGGGGGCGCGCCGCCCGCCAAGGUCGCCAAGGCCGCCGCGCCCGCCGGUGCGUCGACGCCCGGCCCGAAGGGCAGUCGCCCCGAGAAGCCUUCAGCGCCCGCCGCCCAGAUUCCGAGGCAGGUGCCUCCAGGCGCCCCUGCGGUUGUCGAGGCGCCGCCGCUGCCGGAACUCCCCGUCGGGGCGGGGGCGGCCAAUUGCAGCGAGGAGAAGACUCAGACCUUGAUGCGAGCCGUCGUCGCUUACAACAGGUACCACGUUCGGCGGGUCCCGAGGGGGGACUCGAGGUGGUUCACGGGAUGGCUGGACCGGCCUGUGCACGAGCGCCAGCCCAUCGCGAUCAGGAGGCCCGACUCCGAACACGACCUGCUCACCUACUUCAGCCCGUGGAAGAGGGCAGAGGCCAUCAUCUCGUUCAACGGAACGGGCACUUACAAAGGGGGCGGCAACGUGUUCUGGUUGGACCCUUUCGUGGGGUCGUCUGGGAAGAUGCGCCCCGUUGCAGGGGGCCCGCCGCUCUACCCAGCGUGCCUCGACGCCGCUGAGCAGCACGCCCUGGGCAGGAUCCUGCAGAAAGGGCUCGCUCGGGGGGCGGCGAGCGCAGCGCACGAGGCCAGGAUCAAGUUCUCCCACGUCUUCACCACAUUCAGCUGGGACCUGGGCUCGUACGACGCAGACCACUUCGACUCCUCUUUGCCGCUGGUGUGUGGGCACGUGGCCUUGUGGGGCUUCCAUAUCGCUUUGCUGCAAGCCCUCGGUCGCGGUGACGCGGCUUCUGUGGCGGUGUUGGUCCAGGCAUCCCUCUGCGCGCCCAUCGAGGGCGUCAUCGUGGAGUCUGAGGAGAGGCUCUCCAUGCUCUCCAUGGCCACGUGCGACGGCGCCCGCAAAACGCACGCUUACCUGAAGAAUUCCUUCCCCGCGUUCGCUCGCAAGCUCAUGGUGGCCCUGGGCGACUGCCCGCCUGAAGGGGCAGCAGCCAGGCUCGCAUUCUGCGCCCAGGAAGGCAUCCGCUACAACGGCACCGCCGCGCACAGGAGCAUGCUCUGCGCGGCGCAGAACUGCCGCGAGAGGCUCGACGACAGGGCGCUCCGCACCCUGCGCUACAUAGAGAGCAGGAGAGGCUCGAGAAAGAGCGACCUCACCUCGAACUUCACCACCCUGAACCGCAUCCUGCAGUUCUGCGCGACGGAGGUCCGCAAGGGAAAUGCCGCCAUGUGGGGCGCCGUGACGGCCGCCGAUCUCGCCGACCACGUCGUGGACUACAUCGCCUGGGCCCUCGACCACGACCUGGUCGAAGGAGAUGGGGUGACAGCCUCGUGGCUGGCUGGCUCAGACCGCGUGGAAGCUAAGGAUCGCCGCCACGCAGGGGCGAUGAGGAUGGCGCUGGCAAAGAUCUACGUGCGCGUCUUCAUUCACUCCCUGGCGCAGGACCUCCCGGACUCCAGUGGCGCCAAGCAGGACUGCCUGCGCGUCUUGCCCCACUUCUCUGGCUACGCUGUCUUCGGCGGGACCUGCGGGGCCGCGGCCGCGGGCGCCCCGCCGCCAGCGGCCGACGAGGGGGGCGAGGAGACCGGAACGGCAGGCCAGAGAGGGCUGGAGGACGACGACCCCCUCGCGAAGAUGAAGACGCAUACCGCAGGGGGAGCCGCGCAGCUCCUCCAGUUCUUCUUCGACCUGUUCAGCCAGAGAUUCGACGAAAGCCUCCGCGAGUUCCUCGCCGCAGACGCCCGCGUGCAUCAGCCCGUGUGCCAGGUCAAAUGGGAGGAGUGGUCGCAAGCAGACUUCGUGGAGAUCAGGAAGGCGCUGGGCCUGCGCAGAAUCGCAGUGCCAGCCUGCGAGGGCUCUGGCGCGCCCGCUGCCUCGACGCGCGGGCUGAGGCGGAGCCUCUCAGCGGCAGGCGACGACGGGCCGGACGACGAGGACGUCAACGACCGCGAGAAGGAGAUCGCCCAGGAGCGCGCGGAGGCGUGGAACCAGGCGCAGGCGCUCCGCAGCAAGCGGCUGACGCCAUCGUUCAUGAAGGCCGACAGGAUGUCCAAGGAUAACCUCGACAAGUGGUGGGAGACGCAGACGGCAGCGCUCCAGUUCCAGGGGGGGCCCGGCAAGUCGCAUCGCGUCUUCGUGUUGUCGGGGGAGAGGUGGACCUACGAGACGGGCGCGGCUCCGUGGGCGGAAGAGCCCCCGUCGCCAGACACCUUGCGCGUGGUAUUGGAGUGGCUCUUGGAUCGGCAGGACCCCUGCGACGCGCUCCUCGUCUUCGACGGCCGAUCCUCCUCGAUCCGCGCGACCAUGCAGGAGGUGAUGAGGAAAGCUCGCAACGUCAGCGACAUCUGGAUCGUCUACCAGCCGAAGAGGGAGGCUGGAGGGCGCAGGGUCGUCUUCGGGUCCAGGAACCGCGAGGUCGGGUGGGUCAGCUUCCCCGCCCCCCGCGCCGACGUCCCGGCGCAGGAGCGCAAGGCCGCGCGCUCCGCAGGCAACGAGUGGGGGUCGACCACCUUCUCGUCGACGUUCUCGAGUAUGGCCCCCACGGCGUGGGGGCAGUUGCCCUGCAUCGCUCUCGCCGACAAGGCGAAGAUCAUCGGGGCCAGGGCGCCCGUGCCCCCGAGCAAGGUUUUCGACUCGGACCUCGGUUGCCCGUUGUGCUGGCAGGAGGUGAAGUCGAAAGACCUCUGGAGCGCCCUGCUCUUGGCCACAAAGGCAGAUUUCGUGGUGGACUUGGGCGUCGGCGGCGGCAUCGCGGCACGGUCGUGCCUUGCUCUCGGCGCCCCCUGGGUCGGCCUCUGCUGGAACCAGGUGCGCGCCCCAUGGCUCAACAACGUCCCCGACCGCUGGACGUUGGAGGAGAUCGUCUGUCAACGGCCCCCCCUGCACGAGCAGGACUUGGCGAAGCUCGCGCGGGCGCAUUUCUCGGACGUGCUGCAGCAGCUCCAGGACCGCGAGGCCGCGGAGCACGAGGAGGGCGAGGGGCGGCGGUAGGCGUAGGAGGAGGCAGAGUCUGACCCAGAGCCUCGACGCCUGGGAGGCCCGAGGCUGCGUCUGCGACGCCGAGAUGCCCCGCGCUCUCGCAGGGGGCCGGCUCCGACGAUUUUCUUUCGAGCGCCUGCAGCCGCGUUUUCCGAGAGAUUCCCAGACGAUCCGACCCGUGCAGGGCCCGCGUCCGCGAGGGAA